AUGGGAGUGUCCAACUCUCCUUCUCUGAGGCUUCACGUCCCGGCCCCGGCUUCACGCCCCGGCUUUCACGUCCCGGCCCCGGCUUCACGUCCCGGCCCCGGCUUCACGUCCCGGCCCCGGCUUCACGUCCCGGCCCCGGCUUCACGUCCCGGCCCCGGCUUCACGUCCCGGCCCCGGCUUCACGUCCCGGCCCCGGCUUCACGUCCCGGCCCCGGCUUCACGUCCCGGCCCCGGCUUCACGUCCCGGCCCCGGCUUCACGUCCCGGCCCCGGCUUCUCGUGCCGGUUACACGCCCCGGUCCUUCCUACAGUCCCCCUCCUUCCUCCCUCCCUGGUUUUGUUUUUGGGACGUCUGGGAUCCGUCCCUUGA